ACCCCUCCCACGGGGCCCACCAGCCCAGUGCGCCACGGCUGGCCCCGAUCUCACUCCCGGCCCUGCUGCCCACACGCCAGGUUCCGAGCUUAAGACUUCAGGAUGGGAGAUGAGGAGAAGCGCAACAGGGCCAUCACGGCCCGGAGACAGCACCUGAAGAGCGUGAUGCUCCAGAUCGCGGCCACGGAGCUGGAGAAGGAGGAGAGCCGCCGCGAGUCGGAGAAGGAGAACUACCUGUCGGAGCACUGCCCGCCCCUGCACAUCCCGGGCUCCAUGUCUGAAGUCCAGGAGCUCUGCAAGCAGCUGCACGCUAAGAUCGACGUGGCCGAGGAGGAGAAGUACGACAUGGAGGUGAAGGUGCAGAAGAGCAGCAAGGAGCUGGAAGACAUGAACCAGAAGCUGUUCGACCUGAGGGGCAAGUUCAAGAGGCCCCCUCUGCGGCGGGUGCGCAUGUCCGCCGACGCCAUGCUCAAGGCCCUGCUGGGCUCCAAGCACAAGGUGUGCAUGGACCUGAGGGCCAACCUGAAGCAGGUCAAGAAGGAGGACACGGAGAAGGAGCGGGACCUGCGCGACGUGGGUGACUGGAGGAAGAACAUCGAGGAGAAGUCCGGCAUGGAGGGCCGGAAGAAGAUGUUUGAGACUGAGUCCUAGGCCUCUGCCGCCCCGGCCGCUGCCUGAGCCCCCAGUGCCCGGCGGGGCCCAGGAGGGCCUGCCUCGCCUCGGCGAUCAAUAAAGGAUUCCCAUCCCCA